AUGGCAAAUUAUGCCGACUAUUUGUCACACUUUAACUUUUCAAUUGAGUACAAGACAACUAGCCAGAACGCUAACGCCGACUAUUGCUCCCGUAUUCCGAGCACAUCAACGCUAUCGGAUGUGAACAGCCUUUCUCUUCGCAAGGGAGGGAAGCAGGAACAAGACGAGUUUGGUAACUUUGUCUUACAUCAGAUCCAGCAGCUGCCAGUACGAGCGGAACAUAUUGCGCAGGAGACAGGGAAGGAUCCUCACCUCGGGAAAAUGAUUCAGGAAAUCGAACUGGGACCAAGCCUCGAACACGCAGGAUACAAAUCCCCAGAGACGAAGUACACCAUGGUCGCCAACUGCCUUCUAUUCAAACACCGGGUAGUUAUCCCAACCAUCCUUCGUCCAGCGAUCCUGAACGAUCUGCACAUGGCGCAUAUCGGUAUGGUAAAGAUGAAAUCGUUGGCACGAUCAUAUGUCUAUUGGCCCGGCAUUGACAUGGACAUCGAACGAACAGCUAAAUCUUGUCCUGAAUGCGCACGUCAAGCGUCAGCCCCACCGAAGUUCAGUAGUCACCCUUGGGAGUACCCGAGCAACCCAUGGGAGAGAAUACACAUCGACUACGCCGGACCUGUAUCGGGAUCGAUGUUAUUAUUGGUCGUUGAUGCGUACAGCAAGUGGGUAGAAGUAAAAGUAACGCAGUCAACAACAGCCGCUGCAACUAUUGAUCUUCUCGACGGACUGUUUGCUACGUACGGAACACCAGUUACCGUAGUAUCAGACAACGGAACACAAUUCACUUCCACCGAUUUUAAGUCGUUUCUGCAGCGAAUUGGUGUAAAAACACAUAACCUAACAGCGCCUUAUCACCCCUCUACCAACGGACAAGCGGAACGUUAUGUUCAAACGGUGAAGCGGGCAUUGAAAGCAAUGGGUACAACAAGCAGCAGUCUGCAGUCUAAUCUCAACCAGUUCCUGCAGCAAUACCGUAAAGUACCCCACAGCGAAACAGGAGAGUCGCCAGCGAAAUUGUUCCUGGGUCGCAACAUCAGAACACGACUCGACCUAGUUCGACCUCGAGAUGCACGCGACAGACUUAACGAGAAACAGCGAGAGGAAUUCAAACCAUCCUAUCGCACUUUCCGCCCGGACAGCAAAUCUAUUGCUUAUCUGGGAACUCAAGGAUGGAUAAGUGGAUCCCGGCUAUGGUGCACUCCCGCUUAG